AUGGUGUACAUUCACGGUGGAUCAUUUGCGAGUGGAACCGCCAUGACCUAUGAUUUCUACGGUGUUCCACUGGUUGCCGUUGGGGAUGUUAUCGUGGUCGUCAUCAACUACCGCGUCGGAGUAUUCGCAACGUUUACUACCAUUUUGUGUAUAGCAUUUGGUGGUGAUUCAAACAGAAUAACAAUAUUUGGAGUAAGUUGUGGUUCAUCUUCUGUGGGGUUCCAUCUGCUUUCAAAUCUUAGUCGUGGAUUGUUUCAGCAAGCCAUCAUGCAGAGUGGUACAGCAAACGCUGGAUGGGCUUUUGAAGAUAACCCCGAGAAAGAUGUGAAGAACGCUAAGAAGAUAGGACAAGCGUUUGGCUGUAACUUGACAUCCAUGCCUGAUCUAGUAGCAUGCUUGCAGGCGGUAGAGACCAAGGAACUAUAUACAGUAGCAGAUCAGGUGUACGACCAGUCCUAUCGUGUAAAUGUAGAUGGCGUCUUCUUGAAAGAUACACCGAUGAAUCUCUAUGCUAAAGGUGAAUUAAACAAAGCAUCAAUAUUGGCUGGAAUCACAACAGACGAGGGCACAUAUGAAGUGUGGCAUAGAUAUUUCUGGCCUUACGCUUCCUCUGAAACACCACCACCAUUCAACCAGUCCACAUUGAAGGAAUACCUUGAGACUACACUCGUAGCCGAAAGAAUUCUCUCCCCGGAUAGCAUGGAUAUUCUAUUAGAUGCUGUACUCCAUGAGUACACUGACUGGUCUAUUGCAGAUGACCCGAACUCUGAUUACUUUCAGUCAGCAGUGGAGGCAGUAGGGGAUUUUACCAUUAAUUGUCCUACAGAUGCUAUCCUAAGGGCGCAUGUAUCUGCAGGUGAUACUGUCUAUAAAUAUGUCUUCAACUACCCAGUUACAACUAAGAGCUACUUCCAUGUAGCUGGUCUUGUACCAUUUACCCCAUGGUUAGGUGCAGGACACGCCGAGGAACUCUUCUACGUAUGGGGUGGACCUUUCAUCGACCAACUCGACAAUGUCCACGGUCAAAAUGUAACAGACGAUGAGAAGAAACUUGCAGUCGACAUGAUGCGAUUCUGGACUAACUUCGCCAAGACAGGCAACCCAAGCCAGUCGGAUGCUGACGUCGCGCCCACCGAUGGAGUCUACGGAUGGCCAGAAUUUACAAUCCCAGAGUUACGUCACAAGAUCUUAGAUGUGCAGCUAGGAGAGGGCAGGGCUGACAGGGCGAGUGAAUGCCAUUUCUGGAAUACCUAUUUCCCGAAACUUAAGUUUUCGACACAAUCAGCUGAUGAUUCCCAAAGACAAUCGAGACAUGGAUUUUCAAACUGGAUGAAGAAGAUGCAAGAAUGGAGAAAGGAUUUUGCUUCUUACAAAAGAGGAUGUUCAUAAUAAUGCGUGCAACGUCAUUGCACCUUUGGUGCCACUGAAGCGCAUUGUUGUACAUAAUUAUUCGCGAUCACCCCCCCCCCCCUGACACCAAGAAAUGUAUUAUUUAUAUACAGAAUUUCAAUAUACUGAGAAAUAAGGAUUAAUGUUAAAAUUACUUUCCAUACAUAUCUCGUUCACUGUGUUCAAAUUGUAAUUAUACAUUUUUGGAAACGUUAUGGUAUAUCAGAAAAACAAUGCUUUCAUUUGCACCGACACCUAUGUUGCCGCCAUCUCGGAUUCUUAAAAAUGGCCGCCGUAAAAAGGGGUUUUUCGCAAUAUAUCGGCUUCUAGAUAACCUAGCAUAAUAAUUUUGCACCUAAACCACUAUUUCUGAGGUCAAAGAAUGUAGUGGUAUCAAAAUAAACAACCUUUUCUGAUAGAAAAUAGCAUUUUAAUUCAAUUUUCUGUCAAA